CUGUUUAUAAAUGUUCCACUCAUACUUAAUGCCGAAAUUAGGAGGUAUAGUAAAUAAAAUAAUAUGAUAGACCCAAUGAAUUGUAUAAUUUAAGGACAGAAUGGGAAAGGAGGAUUGUAUUUAGGAAAUAUAGAGAGUGCUGGUAAUGGUAAAUUAUUAGGCCAUUAUGAUGUUGGUGCAAUAUUAGCUGUAAUGAGUACAAAAGAUUACACAUAUGAUGCUCAUAUUGCUCAUAAGGUAUAUAAUAAUUUAGAAUAGAAUAGUUUAUUAGAGUAGAUGAUGCAGACUUUGUAAAUUUAAGUAAGCAUUUUGAUGAAGCUAUGGAUUUUAUAGAUGUUAAUCGAUAGUAAACAAAUGUAUUGGUACAUUGUCAUGCAGGUGUUUCAAGAUCUGCAACAAUUGUAAUUGCUUAUCUAAUGAAAACUUAAAACAUGUCGUUGGAAUAAGCAUUUAAACAUGUCUAAAACUAAAGACGUAUUGUUAAUCCAAAUCCUGGAUUUAUGAGGCAACUCAAAUAAUAUGAAUCAAAAUUAUAGGGUUCUAACUCUCUUAGAACUUCAACUGUCAAAUAGAAUGAGAGAUAACACUCUUAAAACAAUCUUCGUCAAAGUUAAUAUGUUUAACAUCCUUCAGAAAGUUACAAUUCUCUUUACCAACAAUAUUAACCAAAUCGCUAAUAUCAUAGUGCUACAGAUUUGAUGAGAUAAUCUCAAUAUAAUUAUGAAAGACUUAACUCAAGGUAAAUUUUAUGUUAUUAUUUAUUUUAGAUAAAUGCAUUAUCCCUAUAUGCCAUAACAUUAUGCACCAUAUGUUAGAAAUUACAGUGUACCAUAUGGAUAGAAUCCUUUACACUUUUCUACUUAUAGAUAGGGAUGUUAUUGAUUUUAUAUAGUAUAAAACUUAAUAGUCUG